GUUCAAACUGCAGUUUCUACUGCAUCAAACUCUGUUUUUCAUCCUCCACAAAAGAAAAGGGCAUUCAGGAUGAGCGCAAUUGAGGAGGAGCUGGAUGAUGAUGACAAUUCUGAGGUGGACACUUUCUCGACCGACAAGAGCAGCGUUGCUACUGCAACUGUUACACUGGAGAAGCCUCCAGCUUUCUCUGCUCUCUCUGAUGAGUCUAUGCUUGCUGAGAAUGGCGCCAGCUCCACCGGCACUAGUGCAUCGUCGUACAGCAAGGUGGUAUCUACCCAGCCAUCCUUUACAUAUGAUAAAGUUGCUCCACCAGAAGAAUCAAAUGCUGGUCCUUCAAUGUUUAACUUUUGGGGUAAAGUUACUUCAAUGAAGGAUUCAGUGUAUCUGCCGUUUUAGCUGCUGCAACAAAUACUGUAGCUAGUAGUGCCCCAUCACAGCCUGCAUCUGGGAACCCAAAUUCUGCAUUUCCAUUUGGUUCCUUGAAUAAUAAUGAUAAAAUGAACUUUGUAGACAUCAUGGCUGAACACAAUAAUCAGGCAUCUACACCUUCCGUCCCAGUAUUUGGUCAGCAGCCUGUGUUUGGUCAACAGCCUGUUUCAACCUCACAGGGCUCUGUAUUUGGAUCUACACCUGCAGUCGCAGCGGCGAAUCCCAUCCAAUUUUCAAUCCAACAGAAUCCAACCAACCCACAGAACCCUUCACCAUUUCAGGCUUCAGGCAGUUUGGGUGCAAGUCCAGAGGGCAGCUUCAUAUUGGGCUCUGGUCGUUAGAAGUCUAACCAAAGAAUAGUGAAGGUUAAACACAAUAGGAAGCGGAAACAUUGAAGGUAAAAUGUG